AUGGAUACGCAAGAACCAGAAUCCGAGAAUUUGGUAUUGAAUGGAACAGAGGUAGAGGGUGGUGAUGAAGAAAACAUGGCGGAAUUGGUGUUAAAGUAUAAAGUGGGUUAUGCCUUGCAGACAACAGGAGGUGUAGUGUUAACAUUAUGGAUAAGACAUUAUGGAUGGGCCAGAACCACCAUCUACUUGUGCUCAAUUUGGGGAGGUUUUAUGUUCUGUAACAGAAAAAAUGGUGAUGAUACAAGAAAGGAGGAUGUGAUGGAUAUUGCAGAGAUAGAAGGAAACACUGAUCUAUUACUGAAGAUGGGUAGAUUUUUUGUGAUUUUUGUGGUUGGGGAGAGUGAGGCAGAAGCUGGUGAGUUGGAGGCUUUAAUGCGUGAAGUUGAUGAUACUGAAUUAGGUACAUCUGAGGAGAUCGCGACGAACGAAGAGACAGUUGACGUGAGCGACAGUUCUGAGACGAAAGAAACACCGAAGCCUAAGCCAUCUCAGUUGGAAAUAUCUCUUGCUAAACACUUUUCUAGUAGGCCAAAAUGUAUGCAGAAAGACCUCAUGCCCUUGGUUGAUUCGAGUGAGUAUUUGUUUUUUGAAAGAACACUUAAGAAAUGGCCGGAAAUGAAACAUGUAACCGAAGAGGGGUUUAUUAUUGACAGUAUAUUUUUUCUUGACCUUGGUAAACCAACAAUUUGGGUGUCUACAACGCACAUGGAUGCACUGAUGUUUUUACUAAAGACGAGGCAUGAUGCUGCCAUUGAAGGGGAAGGGGCUGUGUUUGCAUCUCCGUGGUUUUCAAAUUACCUUCAAGGCAAGUAUUUUGCAUUUUGCAAAGCAAAACUUACGCAGAGAGUGAAAUGGGGAGAUAGGAUCAAAGGGUUUCUUAUGGAACCUGGGAAGGAAUGGUUUGAUUCUGUACAUACAGUGUAUUUGCCUAUGUGUUGGGAGAGUAGGCAUUGA